GGCCAGUCGGUGCUUGUGGUCGCCAUGAUUGUUCGAAUACAAGUCAAGCCCUGUCAAGUUGGUCAGCCUGACACAGCAAGCUCGGCUGUCACGAAAUUUUGGCUAAUGCUCAUCCAGUUCAGUGGGCACCAACACCUCCGACUUCGUUUAGUCCUUUCAAUCCUCAGCGGAAAACCAGUUCGUAUCGACAAAAUCCGAUCCGAUGACAAAAAUCCUGGCCUACGAGACUUCGAAAUAAGCCUCCUUCGUCUGUUAGAAAAAGUUACCAACGGAACAGUAAUCGAGAUAUCUGUUACUGGUACUGCCCUUCUCCUCAAGCCCGGUAUCAUAUCUGGCGGACCCAUAACUCAUGACUGCCCAUUGUCGCGCUCUGUGGGCUAUUUCCUCGAGCCCAUAGUCAUGCUCGCCCCCUUUUCGAAAAAGCCAUUCCAACUCACGCUCCGAGGAAUCACGACUGACGACCAGGAUCUUUCGGUCGAUCUAUUCAGAACUGUAACAUUGCCACAUCUUCUCCCUUUCGGAGUCUCGGAUGGACUCGAGCUGCGGAUCAACAAACGCGGCGCUCCACCGGCAGGAGGAGGAGAGGUCCAAUUCUUGUGUCCAGUUGUGAAACAGGUCAAGACACUCAACUUCGUCGAACCUGGUAAAAUCAACCGAAUACGUGGAAUUGCUCAUGCUGUCCGUGUUAGUCCCCAGUUCUCCAAUCGCAUGAUUGAAGCCUCUCGGUCUAUCCUCAAUCGCUACAUCCCCGACAUAUACCUUUACUCUGAUGUUUACAAGGGCGAGGAAAGCGGCAAGUCCCCUGGGUACGCAUUGAGUUUGCUCGCUGAGUCGACUACAUCUGUUCUAUACUGCGCCGAAGCAACAUCCCAACCCGGGGUCGCGCCAGAAGAUAUUGCGUUGCAAGCCACACGAGCCCUUCUCGCUGAGAUAGAGCGAGGAGGAUGCGUAGACCGCCAACACCAGACUCUAGUGCUACUCAUGAUGGUCCUUGGAAGUGAGGAUGUAGGGCGGUGCCGCAUGGGCGCACCAACCUCGCGAACAAUUCAAUUCCUGCGCGAUGUCCGGACCUUCUUUGGGACUUCUUUCAAAAUUGUAGCUGCAGAUGCCUCAGACAAGGAGUCUUCUCAACUCUUAUAUUCUUGUUAUGGUACAGGCUACGUUAACGCUAAUAGGACGCUUGCUUGA